AUGACGACGAUUGGAAAAAUUGAUGUUUUUGAUGAAACCCAAGAAAGCUGGGAAACGUAUGUCGAACGAGUACAACAUUUUUUCGCUGCAAACGAUGUCGACGACAAUCAUCAAGUGCCAACUCUGCUGAGUUUGAUUGGAAGCAAAACGUAUUCAUUAUUAAAGGAUUUACUUUUGCCAGAAAAGCCUGCAGACAAGAACUUUGAUGAAAUAGUAAGUACAUUACAGAAGCAUUUAAAUCCUAAACCACUAGAAAUAGCCGAACGGUUUCGUUUUUAUAAGAGAAAUCAGCAAGAUGGGGAGAGCAUUUUAAGUUAUAUAGCUGAGUUAAAGAAAUUAACCACACAUUGCAAUUCUGGAAGUAACUUGGAAGAAACCUUGCGCGACAGAUUGGUGUGUGGAUUAAGUAAUCAGCAAAUUCAGAAACGUCUCCUUGCAGAGUCAAAAUUAAAAUUCUCCAAAGCUGUUGACAUAGCAGUUGCUAUGGAAACAGCCACUCGAGAUGCUACAGAGAUCCACAGCAAGGGUAGAGAAGAAAAACCUCUUGGUCUUGACAAACUGACACUGAACAGACCCUCGAAUAGAUCAGAUAGUGGCCCACCUUCCCCUGUAGUGUGUUAUCGAUGUGGAGCUAAUACCCAUGUUGCAACUGAGUGUAGAUUUAAGAAAGAAGUCUGUCACAAGUGUGGAAAGAGAGGUCAUAUUCAAAGAGCUUGCCGGGCACAACAAAGCCAGGGGCCCGGUAGACCCUCGCCCAGAUCAAGAUACCAGAAAUCGACCAAUGCCAUAGAGACUGAACCAGAUGAGUAUGAACACUUGUUGAAUAACCUAGAAGUUCAUAAUGUAGACAAAUCAAACAGUGAUGUCAUAUGGGUUGACGUGAAAGUUGAAAAUCAACCACUAUCCAUGGAACUAGACACAGGAUCGGCCGUGUCCAUUUUGUCAUAUGACAUGUUCUUGGAAAGAUUUCGCGACAAGAAGUUGGAGAAAACAACCACCGUACUAAAGACCUAUACUGGUGAAUUGAUUGUUCCAGUUGGUUGCCUUACCAUGCAAGUUGAAUACUUAGAUCAAUCAUGUCAAUUGCCAUUCCAUGUAGUCCAGACUAAGGGUCCAGUGUUAAUGGGUCGAGAUUGGCUUCACAAGCUUCGCCUCGACUGGAAAACCAUCAAGUUGUUGAAAUCCUCAGAUUCCAGCCAUAGAAACCCUGGCACGACUACACAAGAGAAGCUGAAAAACCUGUUGAACACGUAUGCAGAGGUUUUUGAAGACAAGCUGGGAACUUUCAAAUCUGCCAAAGCAAGGAUAACUCUCAAAGAAGGUAGUCAACCACAGUUUCGCAAAGCUCGUCAGGUCCCAUAUUCCUUACGACCGAAAGUGGAGGAAGAACUGAAGAGACUUCAGAGCGAAGGUAUUUUGUCGAAAGUAGAGUGGAGUGAUUGGGCGACACCGAUUGUACCAGUGCCGAAACAAGAUGGUUCAGUCCGUAUUUGUGGUGACUUCAAAGGUACUAUUAACCCAACACUGCAAGCAGAACAGUAUCCUCUGCCUCGAAUCGAAGAUAUAUUUGCCCAUUUAGCUGGUGGGAAAAAGCUUUCCAAGAUUGACCUGCGCCAAGCUUACCAUCAGAUUGAGCUGGAGGAAGAAUCCAAGAAGUACCUUACAAUUAAUACGUCCAUGGGCUUGUUUCAAUACAAUCGAUUGGUUUUGGUAUUACCUCAGCUCCCGCCAUUUGGCAGCGUACCAUGGAUCAGAUUCUGGAAGGAACUUCUGGUAUUAGUUGUAUCCUAG